ACGCAACAUGAAACUUUUCCCUGCAAAACUCUACCGGUAUUCAGCAGCACAGGACAUGGCGAAAGGCAACAAGUAGCACUUUCUCUAGAGUUUUUUCCGAAAUGAAAGUGGGGUUAGGAGUAUAAUAAGUGCAGCAUGCUAAAGACUGUGGGAGUGAAAAGUGUGUGUUUUACAGACGAGCCGAAAUUGGAAUUGUGCAUCGAAUAAAAAAGGGAAAAGGCCACAAAAAUCUGCAGCUUGCAUCUGUCCUGGAUUACAUCUGAGCUGGAAAUGUAAAGUUUGCAAGCUCAAGUCAGGACGCAGGGAAUCUAACCAGCCAUCCAUUACACUGCAAACUUAUUAUUAUUAUUAUUAUUAUUAUUAUUAUUUUCUUUGCUGAAUUAACGGGAGCCAGUUUGCGUCCAGUGCGCACUUUCGGUGAAGAAAAACAAACAGUAACCGAGGAAAAACAUUCCCCUGCGAUCUGAACCUAUGCACAGAGAUGAUUUGUAAACCUUUUUUCACACCUGCAGUUGUUUUUUCUGUCCUUGUGUUGGUGCUGAAGGCAGUCGGAGUUUCGGCGCAAGAGGACGAGUUCAACGCCGAGACAUGGCUAAGGACCUAUGGCUACCUGUCCCAGGCCAGCAGGCAGAUGUCCACCAUGCAGUCCGCACAGAUUCUGUCCACUGCCAUAAAGGACAUGCAGCGCUUCUACGGCCUGGACGUCACCGGCCAAGUGGACGCCGCCACUCUGAAAGCUAUGAGGCGUCCGCGAUGUGGUCUUCCUGAUCGCUUCGAGAUGCCCAGUGAAGGAAGCACCAGGCGGAAACGUUUUGCUCUAACGGGUCAACGGUGGGAUAAAGACAAGCUGACUUACAGCAUUCAGAACCACCCACCCGGCAUCAGCCAGCAGCAGUCACACGAGGCCAUCCGCAAGGCCUUUAGAGUUUGGGAGAAUGUGACUCCUCUACGCUUCAAGCAGAUUCCUUACCAUGACAUCAAAAACGGCAGCGAGGGGCCGGAUAUUAUUCUGCUGUUUGCCUCUGGAUAUCAUGGAGACACGUCUCUCUUUGAUGGUGAAGGAGGGUCCCUGGCUCACGCAUUCUUCCCUGGUCCAGGCAUAGGAGGAGACACACACUUUGACAUGGAUGAACCUUGGACCCUCAACCAGCGGGAAGGAACAGGCAUUGACCUGUUCCUGGUUGCGGUUCAUGAGCUGGGUCAUGCGCUGGGCCUAGAGCACUCCAACGACGCCUCAGCCAUCAUGGCUCCGUUCUACCAGUGGAUGGACACGGAGAGCUUCUCUCUAGGCGAGGAUGACAUCAGUGGCAUUCAGCAGAUCUAUGGACCCCCUGUGAUUGCACCAACCGAGCCUUUGAGCACCACUACAACCCCAUCCUACACGACCACAGCCGAACCAGAACCCACAUCCACCACUACAGAGCCUUUAAGGACCACCAGACCUCCAGAGAAACCCACCAAACGUCCUGAGAGACCCACCAGGCCUCCUGAGAGAGCCACCAGACCUCCUGAGAGAGCCACUGAGCCGUGGGUUCCCCCGGCUGACCCCAGACCCACUCGCCGCUCGGACCAGGACGCCCCUGAUAUCUGCGACGGAGACUUUAACACGAUUGCGGUGCUCAGGGGGGAGAUGUUCGUCUUCAAGGGUCGGUGGUUCUGGAGGGUCAGGCGGAACCGGGUUCUUGAUAAUUACCCCAUGCCAAUUUCUUUCUUCUGGUUCGGCCUGCCUGAAGACAUAGACGCUGCAUACGAACGCCAUGAUGGAAAAUUUGUGUUCUUCAAAGACAGUAAAUACUGGCUGUUUAGGGAAGCCGAUGUGUUGCCUGGAUAUCCUCAGGAACUGAUGCACUACGGUCAUGGGAUGCCAGAUCGAGUGGACACGGCUGUGUGGUGGGAGCCGUCUGGCUACACCUACUUCUUCAGAGGAGACAGAUACUGGCGUUUCAGCGAGGAGUUUCGGGCUGUGGAUAAAGAUUACCCACGACCCAUCAGCGUAUGGGGCUCCAUCCCUGCCUCUCCUAAAGGGGCCUUCCUGAGUGAUGACGGAGCAUACACAUACUUCUACAAAGGAACUAAAUACUGGCGAGUUGACAACAAGCGCAUGAAGGUUGAUACAGGAUACCCGAGAUCCAUCCUGAAUGAUUUUAUGGGAUGCCACGUUCACUUCGAUCCAGGUUUGGAUACAGAUAUAAAACCAGACCCCAAGUGGCCAGAGACAGGAGGAAAGAACCAAGAUGACAACACUGACGACUACAAAGAUGAUAAUGUCAGUAAUGAUAGUGACGACGAUGAUGAUAAAAAGGUGGUGGUGCAGGUGAAAGAGACUAACGACUACGUCAUGACCCUCGUCCUGGUGACGGUGCCUCUGGUCCUGGUGCUGUGCAUCCUGGGAGCGAUUUAUGUCAUCAUCACCAAGCUGCAGAAAAAGGAGACUCCCAAAGUGCUGGUUCACUGUAGACGUUCGCUGCAGGAGUGGGUGUGAUGCAUUCAAGCACACAUAUGAACUCUUUCUCACACACACACACACACACACAUUCGCUGUUUGGUGUUCUCUUUCAGCACAUGUGCUGCAUUCAGAUAUGUUUAGUAGAAGGACCCACAUGAACAGUCCAUUUUUCUGUUAUUCAUGAAUUUGGAAGCUGAAAUGAUCUUACAGCUCAGAAUUUACGGGUUAUGACACAGUGUUGACGAUGAACCCAUGCAUAUUCUGUUAGCAGUUGAAGCUAAGUGUAAUUAAAGUGUAAUUUUAGCCACAGGGUGCCUUUUCUAGGUAAUUUACCAUUACUUCUGAGGGAAAUGUUGAUAUUCCCAAUGCUUUUGUGUUGUUUCUACAGGCACUCUAUCUUUACAUUGCCCAUAGCAACUUAAAUCAGUCUCUUCAGCCGUUAACGUCCAUAUUUUCCAAUUUAUAAAUGGUGUUUUCAAAUGGAACUUGUGGAACAUACUAUUGUAUCCAAGCAGUUAUAACAUUGUUGCUAGGUAAGAGAGAAAUAUGGAUGCCUGCCAUGGAAGCUAGCUAAUGAUUGAGGACAAUUUAGCUUGCUAACACAAACAAUAUAAAGAUGUAGUAACAGAGGAAAUGUGACUCAAAUGCCAGGAAUAUAAACAUUUACCUCUCAUGUCUUGGUAAGUUCCUAAGACAUUACGGGUUAAAAUCAAACUAAUAAUGCUUAGCAUCACAGGCAAUAUAAAGGUGUAGUGAAAGUGGAAUCGAGAUAUAACCAUCGAGAAACUGUUGGGAAUAUAAACAUUUUCCUCAGGUUUGUUGAGAAAUUACUCAGAAAAAGCCUCCAUGGAUUAAAAUUAGACUGUAAUAACACUUAGCAUCAGCUGCAAUCUGAUACUAUAAAGGCAUAGUGAGGGAUGAAACAAGAUAUAACCUCCCAGAAACUGUUGUAAUAAUGGAAACAAGACACAAAUGUCAGGAAACUGUCUGUAACUUUAACAUUUUCCUCAGAUGUGUUGAUAAAUUACUAAGAAAAGUCUCCACAGUUUAAAAUGCAACUGUAAUAACACUUAGCAUCAGCAGGUAUUAGACAAUACUGAUGCAUAGUGAGAGUGGAAAUGAGACACAAAUGUCGGGAAUAUAAACAUUUUCGUCAGAUGUGUCAAGAAAUUACUGAGGAAAAAAAAAAAAAACACCCAGACUAAAAUUAAACUGUAACAAGACUUAGCAUCAGCUGCUAACACAGACAAUGUAAAGGUGUGGUGAAAGUGAAAAUGAGACACAGAUGUUGGUAAUAUAAACAUUUUCCUCAGAAAGAAAAGACUCCAUAUUUUAAACUGUAAAUACACUUAGCAUCAGCUGCUACCACACAAUAUAACGGCAUAGUAACAAUUGAGCAAAGAGACACAAAUGUCAGGAAACUUUCAGGAAUAUAAACAUUAAGAAAGGACAGGUUAAAAUUAGUCUGCAAUAUCACUUAGCGUCAUCUGCUAUCAGACAAUGUAAAGGCAUAGUAAGAGUGGAAAUGAGACACAAAUGUCAGGAAUGUAAACAUUUUCCUUAGAUGUUUUGGUAAAUUACCAAGAAAAGACUCUACAGAUUACAGUUAAACUGCAAUAACCCUUAGCAUCAGCUGCUAUCAAACAAUAUAAAGACAUAACUGCCCAGAAACUGACAUGAUAGUGGAAACAAGACGCACAUGUCAGGAAAUUGUCUGGAAUAUAAACGCUUUCCUCAGAUGUGUUGGCAAAUGACUAAGAAAAACUCUCCACAGAUUAAACGAAUUUAUAAUAACAUUUAGCGUUAGCUGCUAAUUUAUCUUCAAUGGGUUCUGCCUCAGUGUUGCCUAACAGGUCAGAGAUUCUGUAAAUUCUGAUUUACGAACUCGUUAAUAACAAAAAUGUGCCGUUUAAGUGGAAUCUCCUUGUAAACAUGGUGAACACAUGACCGUAUAUGGAUGUAGUAAAAUAGUUUCUCCACAGUGAGACACUUUUUUUUUUUUUUUUUUUUUUUUUUGCCUUUACACGACUGUGGUGCUCUGUCCAUUUAAGACUCUGUUCUGAACAGAGGAUUUGCACUUUCAUGUCAUUUUAAAUGAUUAUAUCAUUUGUUCUGUGGUGGCUUUACGUCAUGGUUCCUUUCUGUGUUUGUGUGUGAAUGUCUGCUCAUAAAGCAGAUUCUCUCCUUCCCUCCUUAAUGAGCCCAAACUUUACAACUCUGGGAACGUUCGAGUGUGUUAGUCAGCAAAAUUCUCUCGCUUCCUUCAGUUAAGUGGCCUCGGUAAAAGCGAAAAAAACGUCUAACUGUGUGUGUUUGUAAAAGCAUUGGGGAGAGCAUAAAGGAGUUAAAGGAGUUUGGUUCAAUAAAUUGCAUUGCACAUA